AUGUCUCUCGGCAAGAAGGUUACCCUGAACUCCGGUGCUCAGAUCCCCCAGCUGGGCUUCGGUACCUGGCAGUCUGCCCCCGGCCAGGUCGGUGAGGCUGUCUAUCAGGCUCUGAAGGCUGGUUACCGCCACCUGGAUCUCGCUACCAUCUACCAGAACCAGCGCGAGGUCGCCGAGGGCAUCAAGCGUGCCUACAAGGACGUCCCCGGCCUCAAGCGUGAGGACCUCUUCAUCACCUCCAAGCUCUGGAACAGCCAGCACCACCCCGAUGUCGUUGAGAAGGCCCUCGACGAGUGUCUUGCCGAGCUCGAGCUCGACUACCUUGACCUGUACCUCGUCCACUGGCCCGUCGCCUUCAAGACCGGCAAGGAGCUCUUCCCCCUCAAGGCCGGCAGCAACGUCGAGGGCGGUGACUGCGACAUUGACGACAGCAUCUCCAUCGUCGACACCUGGAAGGCCAUGACCAAGCUCCCCAAGACCAAGGCCCGCACCAUCGGUGUGUCCAACCACACGAUCGAGCACCUCGAGGCCCUCAUCAACGCCACCGGCGUCACCCCCGCCGUGAACCAGAUCGAGCGUCACCCCGUCCUCCAGAGCCCUGAGCUCGUCGACUACUGCGCCAAGAAGGGCAUCCACAUCACCGCCUACUCCGCCUUCGGUAACAACAUGAUCGGCGUUCCCCUCCUCGUCACCCGUCCUGAGGUCAAGGAGGUCGCCGAGUCCGCCUCCAAGCGUCUCGGCACCGAGGUCACCCCCGCCCAGGUCAUCCUCGCCUGGUCCCAGGUCGGUGGCCACAGCGUCAUUCCCAAGUCCGUCACGCCCUCUCGUAUCGUCGAGAACUUCAAGGAGAUCGAGCUCACUGCCGACGAGGUCGCCAAGAUCUCUGAGCUGGGCAAGGAGCGCCGCCGCUACAACACUCCUCUCGUGGCGAACAAGCCCCGGUGGGAUAUCAACAUCUUCGGCGAGCCCGAGGAGGCUCCUGCCACCCACAAGGUCAUUGUGUAA